AUGCUUCGCUGUAGCAAUGCGGCUGCGCUUCGGACAGGUGUUGAAUAUACCAUGUCGUUGAGGCGUCUAACAUCGUCACGAUGGACAAAGUCCGCACCGGGCAUGUUCUACGCUACUCCCCUUGCGCGCGCCGCACAGCGGGGUCUCGUCGGGAGACAAUUGCCGUCCUGGAGAUCAAUCGCCGUGAAGCAGUACUCGACGGAAACUUCGGUGUCAGAUCCCACGGCUGAGGUGGGUGUUACGACCACAGAGACGAGCCCUGCAGAUGUUGCCGAGCCGCAGAAAGAGGUUCGGAAGAAACGACGGGACGAUGGAGGCGGGUCGCUCUUGGAUCUUGCCAUGGGCACAUCCUCCACAGCGCACGGGGAAGACCCCGAGGCUAUGGGGGCGACAAUAUCCAGGAAGGUGGUGGAGAUGGAGCUGAAGUGGUUGAAGGACCCGAAGGUGCUGGCGGACCGAGUUGCGAGAGUCCUGCAAGCGGGAGACGCACCUCUGGCGGUGGCGCUUAUUCGCAAGGCACAGAUGGAGAAAAUGGAGUGCACAGUGGCUUGGAACCACUUAUUCGAGUAUUGUUUGAAGCAAGGAGAGCCUAAAGCUGCGUUCAAAUUCUGGAAUGAGAUGAAGAAGCGUGGACGAAAGCCGAAUUCAUGGGCCUAUACAAUCAUGCUCAACGGUCUCAGCACAUCGAAGAAAUCUCAAGGGUUCAACCCGGUGAAAACGGCUUUAUCCAUCUACAGAUCCAUCUACGCCAGCAACUCUGCCGUCAAACCGAGUAUCAUCCACACCAAUGCCAUGCUCAAUGUCUGCUCUCGCCACGGAGAUAUGGAUACGCUGUGGGAAGUCGCGGGUGAGCUGCCGGAGGACGGGCCCGGUUCGCCAGAUCCCUUAACCUACACCGUCAUCCUGAGAGCAAUUCAGAACGCCGCUCAGCGGGACGUGGAAAAGCUGGGACCUUCGGAUGUUCAACAAAUACUGGCCCGGAAGGCCCAGGCUGUCAAGGAAGGCAAAAGGAUCUGGUCUGACGUUGUCUACCGCUGGCGCAAGGGUCAGAUCGCUCUAGACAACAAGCUUGUGGGCGGCAUGGCCAGCCUUCUUCUAGAAGGGGCAACUCAGCGUGACUGCUAUGACAUCUUCGCGUUGAUGAAUCAGGCGUUUGGAAUUCCUAACCUUGCGAGCAAGCCGCCCCCCGAGGCCCAACACACAUCCGCACGACCUGGACAGUGGAACACUUCAAGUGAAACAAAAAACCUGGAAGACGUUCCCUUUGUGGAUGCGGACAACCGUGUGUACAGGCCGACAGAAACCGAGACAGAGCCAGCGAAAGAAGAACAAGAAGAAGAUGAAGAUGAGAACUUUGAGAAUCUUUUUGAUCCAGUGAUCCCCGUCAGCCCCGGAUUCGCACCAAAGACACAUUUGAUUACAACUGGAGGACCUGGUCCCCAAUUUAUCACUGCUGGCAAUAAGGAACUCUGUACGAUUUUGGAGGCUUGUCUGACCAUGACUCAGGGGCUGGGUCUUGCGAAGAAUUAUUGGCAAUACCUCACGGAAGAAGGCAAUGAACACAUAAUACAUGCAGAUAUGGGAUCUAUUCAUGCUUAUUUACGAAUCCUCAGGCUGGCCCGUUCUAGUCGUCUUGCCACCGACCUUAUUCGCUAUAUGCCUAAUCCACAGCCAAAGACAUUCCAUAUUGCCUUGAGCUGUUGCCGUCGAGACCGCAGGAAUAUGAAUGCCCUCAAGUAUGCCAAUGAGCUUCUGGAUAUCAUGUCCAAGACUUUGGUCCUUCCUCACCCCAAGGCUCUCGAAGAUUACUUGGACUUCGUGCAAGUCUUACUGGACAACCCGCAACACCUCAUGGCAUUGAAUGGACUGAAAGUCAAACGGAAUCCCAUGGAUCCUCUGGCCACAUUAGGUCGCAAACUACGACUCGGCUUGCUAAGCUUCGCUGUGCAAAAUUUGCAACCUCAUAUCACAAAACUCAAAGAAGCCAUGGAGCAUGGAAGGAUUAGUCGGAACUCAUCUCUGGAUCGACCCAGAGAUCAAACAGAGCAAUCCAUUUCCGGGUCUCUUGCGCUGAAGGUGUUAGUUCGGACAAGAGGCUUGAUUGAUGAGCUUUUGAAAAGUGAAAAUACUCCUCUACUCAACAAGUAUGACUGCCAGCAAUGGAAACGCGAGGCAACCGCACUUCGCAAAUUCUCCGAUACUGAGAUGGUCAACAAAUUCAGAAACACCCUCGUGCACCCGACGCCGGCGCAGCUCACAGCCUUUGAAGAAAAGCGUGAUAUCCCUGUUGAUACUCAAAAAUGGGUCAAGUGA